AAACCCUAAAAGCAAACUGGUUUGUCCAUGUCCAAUAAAGAGAGCUAAACGGAAUAUCCUAAGUAUGUUUGGCAGUGUGCCAGCGUCACGUCAUGCGGGUCUAUAAACAUACGAACAGUGUACAGUUUUGGAACCGUUUUAAAGUAAAACCAAUGCCCCUCCGACGAGUAAGACGACAGCUCCGAGAAUGUUCGCACUGCGCAAGGCUUGGGCACCUGCAAUAUAGCCAUCCGGAGGGCCAUAUAUGCCACCUGAUGCUGAUGCUCCUGGACUGGGGGCACCGUUGGGACCGCCAUCCGCUCCAGCAACGGUAGAUGCUGCAGUGGGUAGAUUGCUAGAGGCGAUUGAUGUGGUGGUCCCGUUGUUGGCACCGCUAGUUAUUGCUGAGGAAGAGUUGCCGGAGGCAGAACCUGUGGCAGACGCUGUGGGAGCGGGAGUGAUGGUGAACACCGUUAUUUGUGUUACUGUGCUAGUUUGGCGAUUCGAGCCAAGGAAAACGAAAAGUAAUUACGAACCUGGGCAAGUGCAAGCAGAGGUAAAACCAGAAGAAAAGAAAUACCGCCCUGGUGGUUUAGCUGAAUCAUUGCUUCAACGACACCAUUUCCUUCAGAUCUCACCUGAUGAUCCUGUAGAGUAUCUAUGUUGGCCUGCUACUCAAAGUGCCCGUGUUGUCGAGCUCCUCAAUAUUUUCUCAUCCCCCGGAGAUCAGCCAGGCCAAUAUUACGUUCGGUACACCUCAGAUCCAGAACACACUUAUGCUCAUGUCCAGGUCGUCACUCAUGAGCAGGGUGUCCGCUUGCUCUUCGAGUGGGAUGAUGAAGACGGAUGGAAGUAUCAUGAUAGUCAGCUGAUGCCUUUCCCAUCCACAUCACGCUCUGCGUUACAUCCACCAAAAACUCCAGCGGAACAGGCGCGUGAACGUUACCCCUCCGUGGCCCGUGGUUUUCUAGAUGAUGAAGAUCGCUACUGGAACGCAUACAAUGCCCCGCUCUAUGAAUCAAUUUCCGCUUUUUCCGCUUUAGCACCGCGCAAUACACUUCGGGAAGGAUCUGCUGAUUCCACGGUGCCUUCGCCUCUACCGAACCACCGGAAACUAGAAACUGCGUUUCCGGCGUAUUAUACACAGCAAGAAGAGGCUAUACCCAUACCAGCUGACACUAUACAUUCUUUGCCACCGCCCGACAACAUACACACACCCACGUCAAACGAACCGUCCUCAACUUUCGCCCGUGAUACUCCGUCACCACUCUCAACUUUGGAUAAUUCGGACCUAGAGACCCCCGCGUCUGGGAAUCCGGGUCAAUAUGCGCACCUUGCUCAACCCGUGAAAGUCACGUUAAAUGACAUGUCAUAUUCUAACGGGCGGCAUGCAGGGAACGGACACGCAAACGAAGAGGACGACGAAUUUGCUGUCGAAGAGGACAAGGCAGUAACUGAAAGUAUAAAGGGCAUAUACUACCUGUGGAAGGCGAGGAAGUCGAACCAACCAGACGAAGAGAGCAGUGAUGUAUUCCUACGCAUCGUCCGAGAGGCUGUAACUCAGUCAUGA